UUUACUCAAAUUGUCCCUGCGCCCUAACAUGGAUGGAUGCUGUUGAGUGCGAGUGCUCUUCACUCUCCAUUGGCUGUUUCUUGGAAGCUGUUGGCCAGGAAUGGUAAUUGCCAGACUAAUGCAACGCAGCGUCUUCAGACUCCUCGUCCUGUGUGCGUUGCUCGUUCCCCACCUUCUACCGUCCCCCAGUCGACACGGAACGUCUGUUUCUGCGGCAACAACGAGUGUAUUCCCGAGCACACUUUCCCCAACCGACGCUUCUCCCUCAACUGACACUACUGCUAGCAUACUUGCACCAAGUUCUCUCCCUGUGUGUGAAGUCCCAACGUCAAUAGUUAAAAAUAAUAUCAGUUAUGGCUGCCCCGCUCCAACCGUCCCGAAUGGCGCUGCUGCGUGCCGCGGCUCUCUGCCCAAUGGUUUCUACCAUCACGGCCUCACGGUGAACAUUUCCUGCAGUGCAGGAUUCGACUUGGAAGAUAGCGAUGAUGAUGUCGAUGAAUCGGGCAGCGGGAGUGGAGACGAUGUGCUCGACCCUAGCAUCACAUGCUCUCAGGGCAGCUGGUCACCCCUGCCCGCGUGUGUCCGACUUCACUGCUUAUCGCCACCGACGCUCAACUUCACUUUCGUGCCGGUCGCGGUGGCUAGCAACGCAUCGUUUUCCGUCGGCGACGUUGUGUCGUUGAGCUGUGCGAACCAGUCGCAGGCUCUUGCCGCGCGGCUUGAAGCACAAGGGACUGGCGGCGACGACGGCGGCGAAUGGCGCUUUGUCCAGUCUCUCCACCACUGCAUCCGUCGUCCGCGGCAACACGCCGAGUGGACCCCGGCGGAGGUGGUGACAAUGCCAGGCCACUACGUCACCGAAUGCCGAGCGGUGUGCCGCUAUCCCAUGCCGCUGCCCCGCUUCGCCUACUUCCCCUCGCACCCGGACCUGUCGGCGUCGUUUCCAGAAUCCACCAUCAUUACUGGCGCGUGUCACUAUGGUUACCGACUGUCGGCCGGCAAUUUCAGCUUGCAAUGCCGUGCCGACGGUAAUUUCCGCACGGAUCCGUUCCGAUGCUCGCCGCUGACUUGCACACUUCCACCCGAUAUCACCAACGGCAACUAUUCGUUCAUCGGACAGUGCGGUUACGGCUCGUUUGCUGGUCAAUACGCGUAUGGGUCAUCGCCUGCACCUGGGUCGGUGUCUGUAUUCACACAGGUGAAGUACAGUUGUGAUGUUGGCAGCUACACGAUUUCCGGAGCGUCCAACGUGGCUGAGUGCAGCCCGGCCAAUGGUAGCGUUGCCGAGUGGAUCAACGUGCCAACAUGUGAACCUCUCAACUGUACAGAGCCACCUUCACUGGAAAACGCUCACAUCGUCUUUCAACUGACUGACGCCUAUCACUUGCCCAUCGUCUACCACUGCAAUCCCGGUUUUAGCUUCAAGAGCGGCAGAGACACGGUCGAGAGUCGCUGCGUGUACCCAAACUACACCUGGCACGGCCUCCCGGACGAUGGCACCGGGCCACCAGUGUGCAUGCCGUCCAAUUGCACUGACUUUCCGCCGGACGACGGGACGUUUGCCGUCACGGGCAACGGCACGGGGGCGACGUACCCCGUCGGUUCCUCGGUGCGUGUUGCGUGCGUCUCGUCGUCACUGGAGUUCUCGCAUCUGCGCUUCCAGCACCCGUACGUGAACAGCAUCAACGCGCAGUGUGUGCCGACGGGCACCGGUGCGGCCGUUGCCUGGACGACGUUCGUAUCGGCCAAUCCCAGCGUGUGCGUGCCGGUCCAGUGCGAGGUCAACCACUCACUGCUGCACUUGGAGGCGCUGUCGUUCGGUGCCACCGAGCAGCCGCUGCGCUGCAAAGCUGGCCACACACCAUCACCAUGCUUCGCACACUCGCACAAUCACUCCUGCUUCUGGGAUUAUCAGGGGAGUAGUGCUCAGCGUCAUCAGCUGUCGCCGGCACUCUGCUCGCCCAAACCAUGUAUUGUGGACGCUCAGUUCUGCGCCGCCAACUCAUCGUCGGUGUCGCCUGGGGGAAGUAUCGUGGCGACGCGCAACUCCUCCGCUCUCGGCUCCGAAGGCGUCCUGGUCUGCCACCCUGGCUUCAUCGGUGGUGGUAGCAAGUGGUCCUGCGCUCAGGAUACGAGCGUUGUGAAUCACCCCUAUGCUGGGGUAUGGCAGACUACAGCUACGACGGGUCUGUGCCAACCUGUAACAUGUGCUCCCCCGUCCCUCUCCACCAAUGAAGUCAUCUCUCCAGUCCUGCCACAGUACCCGUAUCUCGUCGUCCUCGUGUAUUCGUGUUCAGAAGGCUACCGGCUGAGAUCGGGUAACGCGACGGCCACCUGCUCUGGUGACGGCAGCUUUGACGGUGAACAUCCUGCCUGCCAAAUUGUACAAUGUCCGCUGCUGCCCACACCGACCAACGGCAUUCUCUCCGCCAGUCGCGGCAUGUUUAGCCAAACACUGACGCUGACGUGUAAUCGCGGAUAUCGAUUUUCAGACGGCCGCGACAUAACCAGCUUCACUUGCAUGGCCAACGGCUCCUAUUCGUUAUGGUCGCUACCGGCGUGCAACGUCCAAGCGCAAUGUCCUCCCCUGCCCGCCAAUCUAAGCUUUGCCAGCUUGAGUAGCAGCUCAGCGACGUACCAAGACACGGUGAAGAUCGAAUGCCUGUCGGGGUACGUCGGCGAAGGCGGCACUCUGAGUAGUGACUACACGUGCACAGACGUGUCCACCGCGACCACUCGGCCCGUCGUCUACAACUGGACCUUCGCCGGGACCGGGACCGAUCUCAGGUCUGCCGGUUGUUCUCCCGUGACCUGUCUGCCUCCGAGCAGUCCUCCGGGCUCUGCGGUGGUUGGGCAAACGCCCGCAGUGAUACGUUAUGGCGACGUGCAUUCUCUACGAUGUCUUUCUGGCUAUGAGCCAACUGGCGGUGAUCUUGUUCGUAGUUGUGUAGUUGAUGUUAGUAAUAAUGGUGUUGGUAUGUUGACUGGCAGUGUUCCUGUAUGUUCACCUAUACAAUGUACUGAUCCUGGUAUACCAGUGGAUGGACAACGUAACACUACUGCUCAUAGCUAUACUGAUGUCAUCCAGUAUGAGUGUAAUAGUGGUUUUCUACUCAACGGUACAUCAAUUAUUCAAUGCCAGGCCAAUGCUACAUGGACUGCACCCACACCACACUGUACAGUUGUGAACUGUGAUCAUCCUGGACACAGUGACUACAUCAGCCGACACGGAGAUGAACAUUUCUACAAUAGAUCUGUGAUGUUCCAUUGUCCUGUCGGCUUUGAUCUGGUGGGCAACAGUGUGUUGUUCUGUCAAGCGGACGGCUCCUGGAACGGCUCCACACCGCGCUGCGUUCCCAAGCACUGCACGGCUCCUGACAACACCAACGCGUUUCGCUCGAGCACAACUAACUACACAGUGGGUAGUGCUAUUCGGUUUCAGUGCUACUUCGGUUACGAAACAGCGGACGACGUGAACGUACUUUGCCAGCACAAUCAGACGUGGAACUCGUCGUUCCCGACCUGCACCAAGAUAUCAUGCGGUCAGCCACCUGCCGGUCAACACGUCAGCCUGCACAAUUCCUCCAGUGAUUAUCUUGCUGUGGCCCACUACAUCUGUCUGAUCGGAUACGCGCACAGCAGUGGGGAUAGUCAGGUCGUGUGCCAGGCGAACGGGUCCUGGUCUGGCAUGGCCAUGCGCUGUGCAAUCGUCACCUGUCCGCCAUUACUGCCACCGCAGAACGGCACCGCUAGCAAUGUGUCCAGCUUCGUCUUUGGCUCGACGGUCGCCUUUGCCUGUGAUCCUGGCUUUGUGUUGAACGGCUCUCGGUCAAGAACGUGUGGUACUAGUGGCCAGUGGGAUGGGCAUGCUGCGCGGUGUGAAGCAAUAGUGUGUGUUACUCCCAGCUUGCCAGCACACACGCUAUGGGCACUGAGCAACUCAGCAGCUGGUAGCGCUGUAGUAACAUUCGUAAACAGCUACUUGCCAUCCACUCUACCGUACCUCAGCACCCUCUCAUACUCCUGUUCCGCUGGGUAUGCGUUAUCUGGAAGCAGCACACAGACGUGUGAUCUCUGGGGUCAGUGGGACCACAAUGAACCUACUUGCUCAGCAAUCUCAUGUCCAGAUCCGGGGAGCGUUGCCAAUGCAGCUCGUCACGUCACCGGAUUUACUUAUCGUCACAAUGUUCGCUACCAGUGCUUGCCUGGUUUCUAUGGCAACGGUGGUGAGAGCGUCAUCACGUGUACCCGGCAUGGGAAUUGGUCUGCAGCUCCGCUCUCUUGUCAAGCAUACGAAUGCACUGCCAACAUCACCGUGCCCAAGUUCGCCAUCGUGGUGACUUCGGACGGCAACGACUACGUGCCCGGACAGGUGCUGUACGAGAAUGGUGUCAUACUCAGCCUCUGCGUUCUCGACUACAAUGUCACCAACAAUACCAGCAGCGUGUCUGUAUGCCGUAAUGGCGAGCUUGUGCCACCGUUCCAGCCCACCUGUGAGCAACCGCAGUGCCCGGGCGAGCGGCCUCCCGGUGGAAACAACACGCUGUUCAGCGGUGCGGGCAAUCACAGCGGCGACACGUACGAGUUCUGGUGCCGUGACGGUUACACGUGGACGUGGGGCGCCGCACGACUCAACGUCACGUGCCGACGAGACUCCCAGUGGUCCAUGCUGGUGCCGCACUGCUUCCCGGCGCAAUGUCCCCAGCUAGCGCCAUUGUCCAACGGCGCGUGGAGCAACGUGUCUGGCGUGUUUGAGGACGACGUCACCGGCGUGUGUAACCAAGGAUACGAACAGCAGCCAUCGAAUGCCAGCGCUACCGUGACAUGCCAGGCCAAUCAGACCUGGUCGCCUGCACAGUUGACCUGCGAGAAGAUCGAGUGUUCUAUGCUGUACUCGCCAGCGAACGGAUCACUCGCUCUGUCGGAUGGAGUGCGUUUUGAAAGUCGUGCUGUGUUCACGUGUGAUGCUGGAUUCUCGUUUGACGGAUUGGCGUUUGUGAACCUGAUGUGCCAGGCUAAUGGGACGUGGAGUGGCCCUGCACCGGCGUGCACGCGAGUGACUUGCAGUUUUCCACCACCUCCUACGUAUCCCGGAUCAUCUAGCUCCAUGGCUGUUUCCAGUGCUAACGUGUCGUUUGACUUUUCCUCCAUGUAUGCGUACACCUGUGCCGCUGGGUUCUACUUGACUGGUGCUGCCAGCGUGAUGUGUACGCAGCAGGGCCGCUGGAGUGCAAUGCCUCCGUCGUGUCACCCGGUGACCUGCAGCCUGUCCACCUUGCCUUCCCUCACCAACGGCAGUCACGACCGUGCCAACACCACAGCUGACCUACCCUACGGCCAGGCUGUAACUUGGUCAUGUGACGAGGGGUUUUCCCUACACAGUGGUGACAGCGCACUGUACUGUGUGCAUACCACAAACCAGAGAGGCUACUUCAACGGAACACUGCCGUCGUGUAGAAGAGUGCAAUGUCCCGACAUAACCAACUUGAUGUCAGCGUUCGUUUUACCGCGCACCUCCAACUAUGCAUUCGGUGACACCGCCACGGUCAGGUGCUUCCCCAACCAUGAGCUCAUGGGUGGAAGUGAUGACAUCAUGAUCACCUGUCUGAGCACCGGUCUCUGGUCAAGUGAUGUCACCGCUUGCACUAUCAUCAAAUGCGGGACAAUUCCAAGCGUUCCAUUUGCCGAUCGUCAAGGCAACCUGAGCACGUACGGAAGCAGCGUCGUCUACUCCUGUCUCCCUGGUUACAACAUGACGGCUGGGUCGGCCAUGAUUAGUUGUCAGGACGACAAGACGUGGAGUGGGACAGUCCCUACUUGCACGAGAAUCACAUGUCUUGCACCACCACCAUUAUCAUCAGAAUCUCUAGUAACACCAAUGUUGUCAGUGUAUGACUGGAAUACCACUGUAGAGUAUUCAUGUCAAGUGGGAUACCUGCUCACUACACCCUCCAUUACACACGCACAGUGCGAUAGUGAUGGUUUGUUUACUGUGGAACAUCCCGGCUGUCAUAUUGUGCGAUGCCCGGCUCUUGCGCAGGACAACGCUGCGUUCUCCAGUGCCCGUGGCAGUUACGGUCACAACAUCACAAUGACCUGCAGUGUGGGCUACGAACUGCAGCCAGCUGGCGUGCAUGCUAUUAACUUUACCUGCUUGGCGAGCGGCUCAUACUCAACCUUCCCACUCCCGGCGUGCAAGCCAAUCCGGUGCGUCGCCCUGGGCAGCGUUAGCAAUGCCAGUGUAGCUAAUACCUCUGCAGGGUAUCUCUCGCGCGUGCGCGUUAAGUGCGAUGCGGGUUUCGUUGCAGCAGAUGGCACGCUGUCUGGCGAAUAUGCGUGCUCUCUCGACUCAACAGCAGCGAGUGGUGUUCGCACUUAUCGUUGGACGCCAACAGGAUUCGAUCUUGUGUCGGCGGGCUGCAAGCCUGUAGAGUGUUUGCAGCCAUCUCCUGUUGGGCAUUUCCGGUUCGACCCACGCAUUGUAUUCCCCAUUGCCUUUGGAUCUACAAUUUCCGGUAGUUGUGAUCUUGGUCACGAGCUAGCUGGUGGUGAUCUUGUUCGUAGUUGUGUAGUUGAUGUUAGUAAUAAUGGUGUUGCUAUGAACUGUGAUCAUCCUGGGCACAGUGACUACAUCAGCCGACAUGGGGAUGAACAUUUCUACAAUAGAUCUGUGAUGUUCCAUUGUCCUGUUGGCUUUGAUCUGGUGGGCAACAGUGUGUUGUUCUGUCAAGCUGAUGGUUCCUGGAACAGCUCCACACCAAGCUGUGUUCCUAAACAGUGUCCAAUGGUAGACAAUAGCAAUGCACAUCGUAGCAGCACUAGUAGAAACAGCACAGUAACAAUCGUGCAGUGUCCAGUGCCAUCGCUCCCCACGCACACGCUCAGGAGCCCAAACGUCAGUGCACUGACCUCUCUCGACUACACUGCCACCAUACUGUACUCAUGCCCGACUGGAUACAGACUGGUUGGCAAUGCCACGCAAGUUUGCCAAGAAACAGGUGACUGGAGCUCGCCAGUAACUCCGUAUUGUUCCAUCGUAACCUGUCCCGACCCGGGCCAGGUAGCCAAUGGCGUGCGUCACGGCUCGACGUUCCACUACCAGAGUAUGGUCACGUACCAGUGCACGUUCGGCUAUCAGCUGCGUACAGACUUGCCAGUGCUGGUUUGCUUGGCCAACGGCAGCUGGUCGCAGGCUCUCCCGGUCUGUGAAGACGCGGUGAAAGCAUGCAACACGGACAUACCCGCGCCGGCAAACGCCCUGUACACGUUCACCACACAGGGCCGCUUCCGCAGGAACAUCACGCUGCGGCACGGCGCCGUGAUCCUGACGGAAUGCGCACUCGGCGCGUUCAGCAACACCUCUCUGCGGUCCGUGUGCACGUACGGCGAGUGGCAGCCGCCGUUCGAGCCCAACUGCCAGCCGGUGGACUGCGGACCGGCGCCGCGGGGCAACAACACCGUGCAGCGUGGAAGCGGCACUAGCUAUGGCUCCGUUCAGUCGUACUACUGCCUGGCUGGCCAUGCGUCGGCAUCCGGCACGCACACGCUACAGUGUCAGGAGAAUGGCUACUGGUCCGACAAGCCGCUGCACUGCGAGGUCAUCCGCUGUCCGCCAUUGCCGCCUCUGUUGAACGGCUACUACACGAACAACGGCACCGGCUUCUACGGCGAGAGAACGUAUCCCGGGUGUGAUUCCGGGUAUGAGCUGGUGGCAAACGUUCCCAACGGCUUCCAG